UCAACCUGUGCUUGUUGAGCUGAAUGAGGAUGGCGGAAACACCAAACCCAGCCACUACCUCCUUCCCAGCACCGACUAUUUCUCUACCCCUCGGAGUGGAAAUACUGAGGACGUAUUCCGGGGCCCUGAUUUGUUUGGAAAUUGUGUUUGGAGGAUUGGUGUGGAUAUUAGUAGCAUCGACGAAUGUGUCCGUGCCAUUGUUGCAGGGAUGGGUGAUGUUUGUGUCGGUAACCAUGUUCAUCUGUUCAUCUGUAUACCUCGCCCUGUUUCUGCUGGGCCUGGCUGACAAAAUUAACACUGACUGGAAUUUCAUGGAUAUGUUCUACCAUUUCAUCGCUUUGCUGUUUUAUUUUGGUGCAUUUUUGCUGGAGGCUACAGUUUCAUCUGCAGGUACAUAUGCAAACAGCACCACCUGUAUACGCAGACCCCGGGGCAAUAUAAUGACAUUUCUGGACUAUCGGGAAUACAGCAUUAAUGUUGCUGCAGCGAUAUUUGCUUUUAUAGUGACUUUAUGUUAUGGCUGUAGUAUGUUCAUGGGCUUCAGGAGAUGGAGAAAAUAGCACACAAAAAAUGGACCAUAUGUGACCCAUUCAUAAGACGAAUGUCUUCAAACGCCAACUGUACUAUUAUGGACAUUAGACAAGGUGAUAAUGUCACCACUGGUUUACCACAAUGUCAAGGUCUUUCUUCACAUUAAAGUAAAGAGUCAUUUUAACAGCUAUAAAA